AGAUUAAGUGACGCAAAAAUAUUUGAAAGUGUGGCGGUUGGAGAAAACACAUAAGCGAACAAGAAGACUUCGCUAGCUUCAGACAGACAACAAAUCAAAUAUGUCUAGCACAUUACAAGGAAUCACUUUGAAGGGGAGUGCAGAAGUCGUUGCUGAAUUUUUCUCGUUCGGCAUCAACAGCAUUCUGUACCAGCGCGGCAUCUACCCGCCGGAGACGUUCACCAGGGUCACCCAGUACGACCUCAGCCUGAUGAUGACCACCGACACAAAGCUGAAGACCUACCUGGCCAACGUGGUGACGCAGCUGAAAGAGUGGCUCUUUGAGUGUUCGGUUCAGAAGCUGGUGUUGGUAAUCACCUGCUUGGAAACGAAUGAGGUUCUGGAACGCUGGCAGUUUGACAUCGAGUGUGACAAAACUGCCAAAGAAAGCAGUGCUCCUAGGGAGAAGUCCAUCAAAGCAAUCCAGGUGGAGAUCCGCAAUGUCAUCAGACAGAUCACAGCAACAGUCACCUUCCUGCCUCUGCUAGAGACUGCCUGUGCGUUUGAUUUGCUGGUCUACACGGACAAGGACCUUGAGGUACCAGAGAAGUGGGAGGAGUCUGGCCCUCAGACCAUCAACCAAUCGGAGGAAGUGCGUCUGCGUUCCUUCACAACGUCCAUCCACAAAGUCAACAGCACGGUGACCUACAAGAGAACAGACUCCAUGUAGAUACAGACACACACACACACACACAGUCGGCAGCAUGGUGGCCUACAAGAGAACAGACUCCAUGUACACACGCACACACACAGACGGACACACAUAGUCGGCAGCAUGGUGGCCUACAAGAGAACAGACUCCUUUUAGCCCCCCCCCCCCAUCCCUCCUAUCUUGUGCUUGUGCAGCAACUGUGUUGAGUGAGGGGGAGCUGUUCAAAAUGAGUCCUCACUAGAAAGACUUUAGAUCGCUCUGAACACGGUAUUAUCAUAAUUGUUAUUAUCAUGACUGCUGCACAGGUAUGCUUUCAGGAAGCGUUCCCCCAGUUAGCCCCUCCACAAGUGUUCAAGAAAACAUCCGUCUUCGUGCAGCCUGACUGUUCAGCUCUCGCUGUCUCUCUUGUUGUCCUGGACUGUCCUCCAGCUCUCUGUUUCUGUUGUUCUGUCCAGAGAGUCUAACCAACUCUCUCGUUUUUUCUAUCUCUUUUUCUGUCCUGAUGUAAAUAGUGUCCGUUGAUCUCAGGUCUUCUCUAAUGUCUUUUCUGUCAGUCAUACUCAAGCGAUCAGUUUUAGAGGUCUUUUAUGAAAAUGUAAAGAAAUGUUUCCUGCAAUAAAUGUUCCUCUGUA